UUUAUGCCGACGAAUUUCUGACAUUUCUCAUUUCCCAAACUGUUACAUACAUUUAUGUGAUGAUAACGUUUAUUACAUCAAACCAUUUAAUUAUGAUAAUUUCACUUGGCAACCCGUUAUCGCGCAAUGAGCGUGAUCCAUGAAGUGCAUUGGUACAUCGCUUCAAGUCACAGUGAUCAUGUUUUAUUACUGUAUCCGUGAUUAACAUAUAUGUCCUGACGUUAUAAAAAUUGGCCGUUAAAAAAAUUUCCUUAAGCUUAUGUCUCGCGAACGUGUACUUUCUAUCCGCCUUUCCUUAUUUCCAUCUGACUGUCGACAUAAAACCUAUAACCCGUUUAUAGUGUCGUCCGUAAUUCGCCAGAGAAACCGGCUUUCCUACAUUUUCUGCGAAUCGAUCGAGAUACGGGGCACGUAAAGUCGAUCUAUGCCUUCUUGCAUUACUUCCGGCAUAAUUUAUAUGAAAUUUUAAGCUUAUAUUAUUGAGCCAAAGUUUAACGUUCAAUAAAAAGAACGGGUAUCUCGAUAAAUUCAACAGGAUGUGCGUUAUAAAGUCGAUUCGACGUGUAUAAAAGUAGAGAAUCAUGUUUCGUGUAUAUAAUCUCUGUAUUUAUGGUUCAUAAACAAUACAAAAUAUCUCUGGAGAGAGAAUAAUAACAUUGUAUAUAUAGAGUCCUUUCUAAUCUGCUUUAAACAUAAUCUUUCUGUCUUUCUUAACGUAAUAACAUAUUAAUUUAGUAUUAAAAUUAUUUUUUAUAAAUAAUACAAUAUUCUAUAUUAUUUAAAAUAUACACCAAAAGACAGAAAUUUUUUUAACUGCUUCCAAACAGCGGUCGCUUUUGUUUUAUGUCUAUAAAAAUAACAAAAAGAUAUCAAUUUAAUAACGACUUAUUCGAUCGUGACAUUUAAAACAUUGCGGUAAAAACCAAACGCAUCGAUAAUAAAUUUUCUACUGCACUUAGCACUUUUCGCAUACAUUCUUGCGAUCACCUCUGAAAUUCAAACGAUUAAUUUUUACCAUCGCAUUCUUUAUACAGAUUAUGUGUUUUCUUAAAUUUUUCUUAUAAUUUAUACAUAAUUGUAUCUUUAUGAAUCAUCACGAAUUUGAUCGUAAAAAGUACGUAGGUUCUUUCGUCCAUUCGGUUUAUCUUUGGCUUAAUUGUCUUUGUUAUUGAUUAGUCGUGGCUAUCAAGAAACUGUCAAUUGAACGUCGUAAUUGUCUCAAUUGUCAAUUAACUGAUGGGUAAUCUUCCGUGUGCCCUUUCAUCAAACUCGAUAAAGUUGAUGUUGCUUUCUGUAUCUCCUUCGUUAUAAUAUUCUGCUUUUAUUACAUUUUUAUUUUUCUGGAAUGUAUAUUUAAAUAAUUUUCUCACUUGCUUGAAUAUAAAAUCAAAUUCAUCUUUACAAUCUUGUUUUUUACGUUGCUUUAACUUAAUAUAUAUUAUUCGUUUUUCUCUUAAUUGCUGCUUACUGUGCAGGAUUUUGAUUUAAAAGUUUGAAUACGCAAUACUUGGCCAAUGUCCGUACGCAAUAUGAAAUUACACGUUUCCGUUUACGCCAGAUAAUGCAACAAUGGAGUUUGGUGUUACAUGUUAGCCGAAAAUUUACAUGUCAAUUGCCUCUUCUGUCCUCGAUGGCGGAAAUGCCAUAGCGAUAAAAAAGAGAACUGGAUAACAGCUCAUUUACCACGAACAGAAGUAACAAACGAGCAGGUGAUACCAACGUGCUUGUUAUAUUCGGUUGCGAACGUUCAAGUUACAUAUUCGCGCGAACGUACCUUUUGAAGGAAAUGGUGUUAAAUAACGAUAAUUUUGCAGUCGACCUUCAUUUUAUAUCAUAUUUCCUCUACAUUUUUACGUCAUUUUAUAUUAUCAUAUCCCUUGCCGUGCCCUGCUUGAUCAUGAAAACGCAUAUUGCUUGAUAUAAUUAUGUAAUACAUAGAGCAUAACAGGAGAACUUGUAUGAGUUAAUUAUUUUUAUUUAAUAGUUUUAAUUGAAUAAAUAGAUAUACACAAAAUUUACGAUUUUGUUACGCGAAAACAUGACACAGAAUCAAUCUUGCUCUACCGUAUCAUGAAACAUAUUGACACAUAUCUCGUACCAACUAUCGAUACGACUAUGUUGCAGCGAGAAACGACGAUAGACGAUAAAAUCGAAAAUUUUAUUUUUCUGAAAAAAAAAAUCUCUGCUCUGGAACUAGUGGCCUCGAUAUUGAUGCGAUUGCAUUAUGUAACGUAAUAAUUUCGCGGAAGUGCCGUGACGUCAAGUAGGUGUGGGUAUCCGCGGUAGCUAGGGGCGACGUGUAUUAUAAUUCGCGAUGCAUCAUUGACUCCCUAAACUCGAAAGACAGCUUGUUACGAUUCCCGGCGCGCUUUUAACGCGAUUAUUUACCAGUUUUACCGUUUCACCAGGUCUCAGACUACUUAUUUGUUGUUUAUGGGACCUGGCACGCCCCUACGCUACUUUUUCCUUUAUUCCCGCGGAACACGAUGCAUUAUUAUCGGUAGCAACGAUACUUUAAACUGUCAGAGUUGCGGGAACUGCGACUGUCUAACAAAGAUCGAAACGUUGCACCUCCGUAAGUGUGUCGACGCUGCAACUUACCGGCUCUUUAGUUUCACCCGUUUGUCUUUGUACGAUCAAUCCGACGAAUCGCGGAUCGACCAUGAAAGUUCAUGUUGACACAGCUCGUAAAUAUCUAUUCGCGUUCUACAUUCGCGACACAUGAGUUUCAUGUGCAUCAAAGAUGUGCUAUGCGCUAUAAAAGUAAUGACAGCAACGUAUGCUUGAUUCUCGAAUUAUUGUAAUAAAGUCAUCUGCAACUAGUUUCUCUUUAGCGAAAAUUCAAUCCUAAAACUAUCUCUAUUCAAUCAACAUCAUGAAAUACUUAUUAAAUAUAUUAUUGAUCGUUUGUUAAAAUUAUCAUUAAAAAAAUAUCAAAUGAUAAAGAUGAUGAUGGUGUGUCAGUCAACUCGGUGCUUCCUUCUUAUGAAAUUCAAAAACUUCAAUUUUUGUUUGGAUUUUGUAAGUAUAAAGUACCGAGUUAACUUACAAACCUUUAUAAUUUUUUUUAUCAUUUGAUACAUUUGUGUAUAAUUUUAACAAGCGUUGUAUUAUAAAUUGAAUUUAAAUUUGCGUAAUUGAACUAGAAAACUAAGAUUCUGCAAUCGGCGGGUAAAGUUUCAGGAAUAUACUGUGACGGCCACUGUAGUAAUCCGAUGAGAUCUCUGAACACCUACACUCGAAAUUCUAAUGCCCAUUCUCGACGUUUGAUGUCCAAUCAUGUUGCACUGCGACGCAGGGAAUGCAAAUGCGUUACGUGCAAGAGUGCGUCGAUGCUAUUAUCGUCCAGUCGCGCACAAUUAGAAGAUGCAUCGCAAAAAUGGUGCUGUCGCGUGGGUGCUUUCCCGAGAUUUUUCGAUGCAUCAUACUUGAUUGUCAUCCGACAAUUACGUAAAUGCUAUUUCAUGGUCUCGCAGCCGGUUGCAGGGGGGCCGAGCUAUAUAGAGCCGAGUCAAGUUGGACGAGUAAUCCAAUCAAGUCUUGACGUUUGUAAAGUUAGCCGCGCAUUUCUUUUAUUUUGUUUUUUUGUUAACUGAGUACAAUACAGCGCAGUUAUUAAAAAUUUAAACUUUGAAAGUGCUAGCAAAAAUUUGGGUUUUUCAUUUUUUCUGCAAAAUGCUUCAAGCUAGUGAGGUGAGUUGCGGUUUACGUUACGGCAGGAAUUAGCACAACUUAACACAAUUGAAAAAAAUACAAAAUUUAGAAAGUGCGUGGCUAACUUUACAUACGAGUCUUGGGCGUUCUCUCGAAACGGAUUUAUACGCGCUUUGAUAGACGCAACAAUUGACGUGAAUAACAAUCACGUGUAACGUGACACUCGCAUUUGCAAGCCCGUGCCACUAUUUUAAAGGGGUAUACCCUUUCCUGCGGAGUACAAUUGCUAUUUACCUUCAGCCGUCAAGGCAAACCGGAAUAAGCCACUACUUCUUCGUGUAGGUGUCAAAGAGACGCCGAGAGUGUAACUCGAUAACUCGCAAAUAUAUGCGCGUUUCUUUCCGACAUUACGUGACUUGUAACCAAGCAAUAGUUGCAUCGUGUGCGAUAAAAUUUUGAUUGCGGCGCCAAGUCGUGAUUCUCUGCUCCCGAGGGAGUAUAUAAAUCCCGAGGGAGCAAAUACACAUCGGGCAUUUUUAUGACGUUAAAUAUGCAAUACACGAGAGAAAAUCAUAUUAAUAAUAAAAUAAAUAUAAUAAUAAAAAAUUUUAUUUAUAUAAUAUAUAUCUAGAUGAUAAAAUAGAUAUUAAAUAUUAUAUCUAAGAUAUUAAACAUCAAAUAUAUAUAAAUUUUGUAAUUAUGAUAAUUCUAAAAAACUCAUCAAUUUUUGGUUAAUCAGUGAUAAACAUACAUUUGCAAUUUUAAUUAAUGCAAUCCUUUAGUUAAAAUAUUUAGUUUAGUUGAAUUAUUACGUACGUAUGAAGUACUACGUAUAUGCAAAUUGCAUAAUCGCGAUAAGUGUGAAGCGUACCUUCGUGAGCGACCUGAUUUCACGACGAGUCAGGGUCACAUCGAUGGUGCUCUCGCAGUUUUGCGCGACAAACCCAUAAGGUUUGACCUAAUAUGGAUACUUCGCCUUUAAACGAAUGGCACACCGGCUUGGAGGGGAUCUCCGCAUGGCGGAGAACUCCUUCGAGGCACCGGGUCUCUUACGUAUCGCGGUACUCCAGUACCUCAUCGGACGUGUGUUACGACGCACACGCGUUUUCAUAUUGCCACGACCGUGCUCCCACCACGCUGCGCGCAUGCCGGUCGCUUAACGAACCGCGAAGAUAGGACCGAAAAUUGUCAGUCCCUUUGCGAAUUGUUGCUCUCGAAUUGUACGUGAGUACAGAACCGUAUCGAGCAGACCGUGAAUUCAAUUUAUCCUGUGAUAAUCUCUGCGUAUGAUAUUGUAAGCCAAGGACUUGUUUUAGCCACUCUAUAUGUCAAAUUGGAUACAUUUAUCAAAGGUAACGGACCACCAUAUAUGCAAGCAUUUGCCAAAGCCUGUUAAAAUACAAGAAAAUUUGGCGAGUGUGAUUUUGAGAAAUAUUUAAAUACUACGGUUCUUUCCGUCAUCAAAUAAUGUUCUAAAGCACUCAAGAUUAUCGCUAUUUUUAUGAUGAUAUAAAUGGAAGCAUUAUCAUAUUACGACGGAAUACAUGGUUGAUAAGCAUUCAGAUCCAGACGAAAUAUCUUGGCUUAUUGGGGUCGAGAGGUGUUUUUGUGAGCUAAUUAGCAUCCUGGUAACCGUAAAAGUCACCAGGCGAGACAAUCCGAACGAAUUCCUGCACAAGUGUCUGCAGUAAUUAUGUGGUGCAUGAGCGAAGCGUGGAACCUGUGUACUUGCAAGGUUGAACAGUAGAUAUUAGCCGGAGGAUUCAUACAGAGAACUGUAGUCUCUCUUUCUCUGGCUCUAAUUAAUUCCACAUCGAGGGAACAUUUUCUCUUUGUGAUCGCGCGAUGUCGACGUCGGCGCACCAACAAGCGGCCAUACGUCGCCUCGAGGAGCUUUUCAGGGACGUCAAGUUGGAGCAGCUGCACAACAAUCCCGAGUUGAUUAAGCAUGAGCUCAAGAUCGACAAAUGCUGCGAAGUGCACGGCAAGCACGCGAAGGAAAACUGUUGGAAUCGUAGAGGAUCCCUCAGCAAUGUGCACCAUGCCGUAAACAAGAAGGACUCUUUCGGGCGUUAUGAUGCUUACGGCUAUAUCGCCACGUCCCCUACCAGAAGAGGCUCUCUGGGUAUGCCGAUGUCACCGCCUAAACGGGAAUUGCAUCCUUCAAGCUUCCCCAGCACUCUGCGGAAGAAUCCCCUGGGAUCGUCUAUGAGCGCCAUCAAUCAAACUAAGAGGGAUCUGUUCUCCAACACCAUCGGCGGGUCGCCUCUGCGAAGAGAUCCCAUCGGUCGCUCCAUGGGUUGCCUCAAGAAGGACACUUUGUCUACAAGCUACAACUCGCCACUCAGGCGAGACUACGUUGCGAAGUCGAUGACGAAUCUUCAGCGAUCAUCGGCGUCUGUCGGGCGACGUGACUCCACUGCUCCGAAUUUGGCCAGCCUAUUUGCAACCUCCGCGGAUACACGUGCAGUCCUGAAGACCGGCUUGAGCUCGUCGAACGGGGAACUCGGCAAGGCGCGCAGCUACUCCAACGGAAACCUGAAGAGCUGUCUCGCCGGUUCCAGCGGGAACCUGAGGAGCAACCUGAACGUGACCUUGAGCGGCGACCCGUCAUCGGCGAUUACGAGCAGCUUGAAAAAGCCCGACAACAAGUCAACGAUGCCGCUUUCUAGCGGCAGAAGGGGCUCGUACGACCGAAGAAGGCUCUCCACGGAUUCUUUGGAUAACCUGAAGAGAAACUCGUGGGAUCCAGGUCGCAGGGGCUCCUCCGGCUCCUCGGGCGGAUGGGAUGAUCCGAUUUGGGAGGAAGGAAGCUUCGGCGGUGGUGUCGACCAGCGAUCGGUUGCGCAAGAUCUCGUACAAGGGGCGAUAGAUCGUGGACAAUGGGUGACAUCCGAGUGCUGGAUCCACGCAUAGACCCGCGUUUCGACC